AUGAAACGCCACGCGGCUCUCGCCAUCGCCCUCCUCCUUGCCGCGGUCGGCUUAGCCGUGGCCCAGGAACCAUCGCCAGCGCCAAAACCCUCGGACGGGACGUCCCCUGCGGCUGUAACCCCCUCUCAGCCAGCCGCCGCUGCGGCAACACCCGAAUCCUCCGCCGCGACGUCACCAACGGCGCAAUCCCCCGCCGAAGCCUCGUCGCCCAAGCUCUCGACGGCCGCCACCGCUUCCUCUCCGGCCACUUCACCACCGACCUCCUCCGCCGAUGGUUCCUCUCCGGCGACUUCUCCUUCUGCGUCGGGGCCGUCUCAGGAUUCCGCUACAGCGACUCCACCUGCAUCGUCGGGGCCAGCUCCGGAUUCCGCUGCGGCGAUUUCCCCUUCCGCGUCGGGGCCGGCUCCGGAUUCUGCGGUGGCGAUUUCCCCUUCCGCGUCGGGCCCGGCUCCGGAUUCCUCGGCCGCCGCUGACGCUCCCGUCGCCGAUUCGCCGCCGGCUCCGGAUGCACCAGGAGCCGCGCCGGAUGCGGACGUGGGUGUCGCUCCGGAUUUGGCUACGGGCGACACGCCGGCAGCGGCGCCAGGUCCCGACGGCGAAAUUAGCGACGAAACCGGCGCGGCAUGCCCUCCUGCCGGGACCGCCUUUGGUGGGAUCACGGUGGCUUUGAUCGCGGGUGUUGUCGCGUUCUAA